ACGUGUUCUCUGUUUUCAACAUAGAAUUAACAGCUUUGUAGUACUUUUGCACAAUGGCUACCAAAAGAAGUACGUGUAAACAAGAUCAUGUGGUGGUUCUUAAUAUAAACCCGACGCUUCGGAUGACGACAAAUGUAAACAUAAAAUCGACCCUCCUUAUUGCAUCAAUAUAAUACAACCUUAACACACAAAUUCCAGUCUGCAUUUUGCUGAGAGCGCCUUGCAUCUUGGAUCCCAUCCUUUGUAGCCUAGAACGGUAUAACUGCACUCGUUUCAUAUUAUUGGUCAUUCUCCGUAGAUGUUUUGCAUAAGAUGAAAAUAUAUUGUGAACAGCUUUAUGUCGACGACCGCCCAUAAGGCAAUCCAUCCGCGGCUUGUCAGUCGCUUGCGAUUCUUCCCAGCAAAUGGAUGGGAUGUGAAGCGGGGGGGGGGGGUUGGUUUUUGUACAUGCCUCUUGACGUCAUUUGGGUUUAUUAACAGUCAGUCCACAGUCGUCAACAUCACUUACACUCCGCUCUCCUCAGCACCAGCAAAUGCUCCUGGACGCGCUCCUCAGCCGCACCGCUCUCAUGAGAGUGAAGCGUAGUCGGACUAAAGGCUUCACCUGAGCUUUAAAAAUUACAUUUGGACGCCUCCAUUUAACUUAUAUUGAAAUCCAUGUGCAAACAAAGGCGGGUGUUAACGGGGGAGAAAUGAACGAAAGCCUGGAGACAAAUGAAACGACGGCGCCUGUCCCAUGGAUCGAGCCCGGGGAUGGCAACCACAGUUUGGGGCUGUCCUCCUGGCUUUUGGACUUUCCCGUUAACCCCUGGCACGUCAUGCUGUGCAUGUCGGGCACCGUGAUCGCCUGCGAAAACGCCAUCGUAGUGGCCAUCAUAUUUUACACGCCGACCCUGCGAACGCCCAUGUUCGUAUUAAUCGGCAGUUUGGCCACCGCGGAUCUUUUGGCCGGUAUGGGAUUAAUCUUGAAUUUUGUAUUCCAGUACUUGAUCUCCUCCGAGACCAUCAGUCUUGUGACUGUAGGUUUCCUGGUGGCGUCUUUCACCGCCUCCAUCGGCAGCCUGUUGGCGAUCACGGUCGAUCGCUACUUCUCGCUGUACAACGCGCUGACUUACUUCUCGGAGAAGACGCUCUACUACAUCCACACCAUGCUGGUGGUGACCUGGGGAGUCUCGCUCUGCCUCGGACUGCUGCCCAUCCUGGGAUGGAACUGCCUCAAGGAGCCGUCCUCCUGCAGCAUCGUCAAGCCAUUAAUCAAGAGCAACGUGGUCCUUUUGGCGGUGUCCUUUUUUGUCAUCUUCAUGAUGAUGUUAACGCUGUACUUUAAGAUCUGCAAGAUCGUGUGCCGGCACGCCCAUCAGAUCGCUCUCCAGCAACACUUCUUCGCGACCUCGCACUACGCGGCCACCAAGAAAGGUGUGUCGACCUUGGCCAUCAUUUUGGGGACCUUUGGGGCCAGUUGGCUCCCCUUCGCCAUUUAUUGCUUAGUGGGUAAGCAGGACUCUCCUCCCGUGUAUACGUACGCUACCCUUUUGCCAGCCACCUAUAACUCCAUGAUCAAUCCUAUAAUCUAUGCCUACAGGAACACGGAAAUCCAGCGAUCCCUUUACGUCCUCUUUUGUGGUUGUUUUCAAACUAACGUGUCUUAUCGUUCGAGAUCCCCCAGUGAGGUCUAAGUAACGUUUUAGCAAUUUAAUUUAUUUAUAUUCAUGCAUUUGUAUAUUAUGUUUUGUACGUUUUGCACAGUGACAAUCUGCUUUUGGUUGGUUGUAUUUGAAAGCAUUUCCGUGGUAAAUGUUUGUACAGCAUCGGCACUUUACUGAGUCGUUGGAUAACUCCGGCCUAUUUUUAAAUACUGUGAACAUACGUUCUUUGGAUAUAAAAUCUACAUCAUGAAUGUAUUUAUAUCUAAAAAGCACUUUAUUCGGUGCAUCCAUAUGCCAAAGCAGUGUCUCAUAGGCCUAGAAGUUUUCAAGUUAACGACCACUUGUAGCUACUUGUGACUACU